UUGAGAUUGGAUGGAGCAUAAAAAUAAGACAACAAACUGAAUCUUUGUAAAUUGAUAACCGAGGGGGGUUCUCUAAAAAGUUUUCAAAAUUUGAUCUUAAUACUUAUUAAUAAUUUUUAUACUGGAAUAUUUUCUUUGCUUGUUAAUUAUUUUGCUAGUUUUUAUAACUUCAUUAGUUUCCCUCGUAAAAAGUAGGAUUGUAUGCAAGUGACCACAUCUUUACCGCCAUUAAGUAAAAUGAGUGAACUACUGGGAGGUGAUGAGUCGUUCCUAUCUCUGUGGACAGACAACUUCCUGACAAAGCCCAUGGGACUGGACUGGUCUCUCAAGGACCAACAAAUUGUCCCUGUGCCAAUUGUGAUCCUUGAUGAUGGGAGGAUCGCUUUCAAAUCAGAUGAUGGCCAGAUUUGCUUGUUAGAUGGUCUGACAGGUGUGGGAGUGGGCGUAGGGGAGGAGGCCAGUCUGGCCUUGCCGCCUUGCCUGAACGAUGCCUCAGGUGAUCUUCCCUCUCUCAGUGAUGCAGCUAUCAAGUCCAUGUUGGUACAGGGAGCUUUGGACCAAGACCCGGAGCUGCCCCUGGUGGGUCCUGACAUACCGGAGUUACCGGACAAGGAUCUAGCAGAUGAUGACCUCAAGGCUCUGGUCUCAUUCCGAUGUCAAUUCUGUGACUUCUCCUCUGCUGAUGUGCCCAGUCUGAUGCACCACUCCGAGACCGUGCAUGCUGAGCUUCAGUCAGAAGCUGAAAAAGAUCAAGAUGAAAUUGUGGAAGAAGUGGCUGAUUCUCCUUCUUCUUCUUCAGAUGUGCCUGUAAAACUGGAAUCCACUGAGCCUACAGUAGACAUGGAAGAUGAAGACAUUGUGGAACAGUUUGUCUACUUGUGUUCCGAGUGCAAGGAAGGCUUCAACUCUGUUACCCAGUGUAGAGAUCACAUGAUCAAGGACCAUAACAUGGUGUUUGACAGUGUGCGAGGAAAAGACCAGUGGACUAAGAAAGAUACAGAAGUAGAGAUUGUCCCUCCAGACACCCCUUCGGUUCCUCCUACGCCCCCACCUCCACCUAAACUUGCUUCUUUUGAGAAUAUCAAACAACCAGUCACAAAAGUGAAGGACUAUGAUCCAGAAUUUGAAGCUAAGCCUUACAAGUGUCCCGAGGUGUUCUGUGUGCACAGAUUCCGCACAAUCACUGUUCUGGAGCAACACAUGAAGUGUCACUUGCAGGACGAGACACGCAGGUUUGUCUGCACAACUUGCUCGAAUAUCUUCCUCAAGUGGAGCCAAUGUGCACAGCACCUUUGGAAGGAGCAUAAAAUUGACAUUGAUCUCUAUACUUGUAAGGUGUGUCACGUGUACAAGACGACGACACGCAAGAAGCUGGAGAGCCACUGUCGGAUACACAGUGAGGAGCGGCCAUACAAGUGUACAGAGUGUAACAAGGGCUUCAAACAGCGGACACAACUCAUCAACCACACAGUCUCGGUACACAACAAGGACAAGUGCAACGCACCUAAGUGGUACAUGAAUCAAAAGUGUGAGAUCUGCCUGAAGACGUACGCAGACAGCAAGUCACUCAAGAAGCACCUGCAGGCGGUCCACAGCAAGUUGAAGCCGUACAACUGUCAGAUCUGCGGUCACAUGAGUGCACGCAAGGCGAUGUUGCAGGCGCACAUGCGCCAACACACUGGCGAGAAACCUUUCGCUUGUGAAAUGUGCUUGUUCCGCACAGGCGACCACAACUCACUGCGGCGUCACAUGAUGCGCCACACAGGCAAGAGGCCGUACCGGUGUCCGCACUGCGCCUACUCCUCCAUACAGUCUUCCUCGUUCAAGUCACACCUGCGGUCCCGACACCCCGGCCAGUCGGGGGUGUACACGUGCAACAAGUGCUUCUUUGCCACCGUCAGUGAACACAGUUACCGCAAACACAUGUCUGACCACAGGCUAAACCUCAUACCUGACAAAGAUGAAGUAGAAGUGGAGAUGUUCCCAGAGAACGUGGCAGCAGCACAUCUAGUCUAUCGGUCGUUCGGAGCUUCUCCUUCUCAGCUCCACAGUGAUGUCACAGCCAGUUCCACUUCCAGAGACGGUAUGAAGCAGACAAUAACGAUAUCAAUACCUUCACGGGAGAGUGCGGUUACGGAUGAUGAGGAUACAACACACUGCUACCUCCCGGGAGAUGAGCUAGAUACAGGAGGCAUCACUAUCCCCGCGGAACCAGAGAACGAGUCUCAACUGAUCUGCUUCGACUGAUAACGUUCACUGCCGUAAUGUUAGCGUAACUUGUGAGUGCAAUGGAAUUAAGGAAAACGUUGUUGUAGAUUGAAAGUUAUAAGCGCAUACAUUUCUGCAGAGACAAAUUUGCAAUAUUCAUAUUUUAUCUUAAAUGAAAAUCAAUGUUAUAUGUGCAAAGAAUAGUAAGUUUGAAUAAUUAAGUGAAAGUACGAAUAAAAAUUUGUAUUGAUAUUGAUCAUGAAGAGGCAGAUAGGUGUAACCAUUCGGAGGGGGAGGAGACAAGUUCAGAAAUAUGCGCUUUUGUUGUAACAGCUUGAUCUCUUUCUCCUAUUCAUGUGUAACCCUCCAGAAGUAGGUCAAGCAUAGUCCUCCAACCAGCUGACUUCUUAACUGUGGCAAUCUACUUGUUGUUAAUAAAAACUGUUUCAAAUUUCAAGUUCUGGAAAAUAAAGAUAUGAUGGUUUCUCUAAAUUAUUGUUUUUCUAAAUAAAGACGUGCUGAUGCAGUCAAGCACCGGUAAAUACAGAUGUGUUAAAAUGAGAAACUUGUCCAGAUCUAUGUCGAGUUGUGUUGAUAAGGAUAUAAUGUAAUGAAUAAUUAACAAUGAGAAACUAAGAUUAGGCAGCAUGUGUAUUGUUAGGAAGGACAAAAUUUAUCUAUUGUGGAUCAAUAAUUCUUUACUGAACCUGUUUAUUUAUUAAGUUUUUGCUGCUUUGUGUAAUCUUUGAAACCAGAAUUUGUCCUGUAUUGAUUGCUUAUUGCGCUAUAUUCAAUGAUUAUGUGAAAGAAACAAACGGCUUUCAAAGAAAGCUAUCAGACUGUAUUAUAUUAUUUAUUGUUAGAGACUUCAAAAGUCCUAUUUAUUUAUGUUUGUAAUGCAAGUUU